UAAACAAGUAGUAUAAUUCAUGAAAACACUUCUGUUAUGUUUAUUUAUCGGAUAUGUUCAGAAUUCUGGAAUCUGAUUUUCAUUUUUAUAUUUUGCAGAUACUACCUUUGUAGAUUGAAAUACAAAUUGGACAAAUAGGGCAAUGGAACUUUUGAAAGAUGUGAUGUACAGAAAGUGAGGGAUGAUCAAGAUUGGAGUAGUUUUUCUUUUUUAUCUCUUUCAACUACACAAUGGUUCAGGCUGCAACUUUCCAGAGCACUGGACAGGCUCUUGGUUUCUUAGUGGUCACAGAGAAAGAUUACAUAUUACUCUUGAAAAUUUGGGAACAAUUGGAACCUGUCAUCAGCACAAGGGAGAAAAUAAGUACAUCUUGGCAAAUGAGAGAGAAAACUGUCUGCAAUGCCUAGCUAUUUGGGAAAGACAUGAAAAUGUGCUUGAGUUUAAGGCUGGGGAUUGCAGAGUGAAUAUCCUUGCUAGAGAAAAUAUCUGUGAUAUCUCACCUGACCUUCCUCUUCACACACUUGCUAGAUUAGAAGGAAGUGAUGUCCCGUGCCCUAUUCAAGCCCCAUUAUCCUUCACUUACAAACGAAGUGAGGGUCGAGAAUGCCUGAGCCCGUUGUCUACAAUAACCAAGUGCAUCAAGGACACUCAGCUGCUCUUAAGGUUUCAAGCUUGUCCUGAUCUAGCAAACACAGAGAGCAAAGAAGAGAUACUUACAUGUAAAGCUGUUUGGACUGAUGAUAGAGAUGUAGGCCAAACUUUUCUUUUAGCCACAUUAGAUUACAGGUAUCGAAGAACAGAAGAAGAAAGGGUUCGCUGCUUUCUAAUGAGAAAUACUACAUCAGGGCAUAUAAUUUCUCAAUCUAGUGAUGCAACAUGUCAUGCAGGAUUGCAAUCUCCAACUGCAGGAUAUGUAGCCUUUAAUAUGAAAACUGUUUCCUUCAAUUCCAACUGUACCUUUCCGCCUUGGCUUUCAUCUGGUGCAAGAUUUUUGAGUUUUGAUUAUAAAUCACUUUUUGUGUUCUCUCCUGAUGGCAAGGAGAUGAUGAAAAGCAAUUAUUCUUAUACAACAAGAGAAGAGAAUCUUGUUUCUAGAACUAGCUGUGUUCAAACAAUGUUGCAAAUGGAAAACUCAGUUAAGCUGAUUACUAGAUCUGUGAUGAACUGUGAAAGUGUUUACAACUGUGUGAUAAUUACUAGAAAAACAGACAAUAUUGUCCAGCUAGAGGAAGGGCUUCCUACUCUAGUUAGAAUGGCAGCAUGUGCAGCAUCCAAUUUUAAGCCCAGAAGUUCUCUGCAUGAAACAAGCACAAUUAGAUCUCCUUUUUAUCAGAACAGAAUUCCAAGUUAUGAACCUCAGACUGCUAAACUUGUCACUCUAAUUCGUGAAAGCAUUCAGAUUCAGCCUUGUCCUAAACUUGGAGAACACAACUUGACAGGACUGUUCUUGGCAGGGGAUACUCAGCCUUGCAACCAGUUUGGUUUUACUAGAGUUGCCUUUUCAUGUCCCAGAAUUGAGCAGAUUGAGUUCUAUCGAGACUGUCCAUCUGAUCCAGAUACUUCUUCAUACUUUUGUCUGGGGUCUUGGAAGGAAGAAAUAAGUUUGGAAAGCAAUUUUGGACCUUCUCUUCAUUACUCCAGAUAUUCUUCUAGUAACAGAAGAGGGAGGAUAGAGAACAUAACUUACGGUUAUAUUAUUGCCAAGCCGGAGAUACGAAACUCAAAUUCCCACCGUAGAAUUUGUUUCGUUUAUACUAAUAUAAACUCUACCUACAGCUGGACAGUUGGCAAAACAGAGUGCCUUAAACUUAUACAGCCUGGACAUCAGGGUUCACAUAGAUUUAACAGUACUAGACUUGGAUCCUGUCCAGAUUCUGGUUCCUCUACUACCAAACUAAUACCAGUCAUCAUUUAUCUAGUACUAGUCAAGUUUUUGCAAUCCUGUCACCUUUCGGGAAGAUGAACAAAGAACUAACUUUUUUGUGUUUAGUGCUUUUAAAAUGCUUAAUAAACAAAUAAAAUAAAAUAAAUGAUAAAUUUUAAA